AUGGAGACGCAAGUUCAGCAGAAGUUUAUUCAACCCAACAAGGAAGCAGCCAGCUGGAAACAUGUUAGAUUGCAUCCUCAAUCAUCGAGGAUAGUUACGAAUUACAUGAAAAGCAUCUCGAAUCUGACGCACUCAGCCCAAGGCAAGACAUUGUCAAGUGGUGCACAGCUAAAACCAAUUGAGGCACAGUAUCAAGACGAGUUCUAUCAGUGUUUUAAUAAGAUAGCCGGUAGAGGUGUGCCAGUCUGUACCGAGUGGUCCAGGACCACAGAAGGCCGAGUCGAUUUUUGGAUUCCUGGCCAGAAAUGGGCAGUGGAGAUUGCCCGGGAACAAGACCGAAUCAACGAACACAUUAUGCGUUUUCACGAGAAUGGCCAGUAUUACCCUUGGCGAGUAGAUGGUAUGAUCCAAGAUUUGAUCAUUGUCAAUUGUACCACUUCUCUGCCGACACGUGGGUACGAAGAGACACGGCUUAUUCAUGCAGUUUUCAAGAAGGACUAUGCAGACUUGCAGAUUCUUGAUAAUCAGAUGGAAAUUUUACAGACCUCUUUUCGCAGGCGACCAAAAACACCACAGCCGGUCCUAACUAAACGGCCUCGUGCUAAUCAGUUCUGCGUUUACAAUAUUCCAAACGAAUUGUCUGAAUAUACUCAUCGUGUCGCAGCGUACAUCAAAGAAUAUAAGUCUCCGCACAAAGUCAAGAUAGGCCUUAUAUACGAAGGAUUGGAUGACAUGGAUAUCGAAGAAAUCAUGAUACAGACUGAUGAUGAGACCCCAAAAGUUCGGUUCCAGCGAGCGCUUGUUGGACUCCUGUCACAGCCUUUUGACUAUAUGGUUCGUGCUCAUACCCAAGUGGGAGUCUUCAGUACUGGCGAAGAUCCCUCUGUACUCUUUUACCACCUUUCCGUUCCUAAGGGGGACGUUGGAGAUGAAACCGGAUGGGAUCCUUACUCUAACUAUCCCAAUCGUCUACAUUUGACCGCCGUAGGUCAAUCUCUUGCUUUUACACUCCAGGCGCUCAAGUUGCAACAGCGGAGCCAGACCUGCGGGUUACAGGCAAUGAAUACACUGCCAAAAUGGGAAAUUAUACUUGCGGACGCUUUGGGUGAGAUUUCGAAUAAGGAAGUUCCAUCGUCUGAAUAUCGCCCACCAAGAAGCGAAGGUUUUAUUCGAUCUCCAAUACAAUUACGCCGUAAGAGACAUGGGCCCACUCCGAGAGAUUGUCGACCAUCACAAUGGCAUUGUGACCCUGAAGACGAGGAAGAAAACCCCAACACACCGAGCCGGAGUCAGCGUCCUUCACGAUCAAGACGGACAAAACCAGAAUCGGCUCGCUUGAGUCCUCCCACAUCUUCCCAAAGUUCUUUCAGGAAGGAAAAUCAGCGGCGUUACUACACACUCAGAUGUCUGCAUGGGAUGGUGAAAGGACGUGGGGAAGAUCUAGAUCAGGCUUGUCCUAAUGUCCGUGAUCAUGGAACAACGCGCCAUACAAUUGAUUCGAAAACCUUUCUUAGUCGAUUAAAGCGUCAGCUGUCUCAGACUAUUAACGCAAAUUGCGAAAUUCUCGAUAUACACGACUCUCGGGGCGCUCUUCUUAAAGUAACGCUCUCCUCGCUUGGGUACACCGUCCCUGCAAAAUGUACCGAGUUGAAAUUCCGCGAUCACCUUCACCACGAAGCUGCUAUAUAUGACAAGCUCCGUUCAAUUCAGGGCCAGUACAUUCCUUUUUAUCUAAGGAGCAUUGACUUGGAUCAUCCCUAUAGCUACGAUGGGAUCGCCUAUCCGGAAUAUAUGAUGCUGUUAAGCCCAGGAGGGCAACCUACGGAUAUUUCUCUCCGCGCAAUAGGUUGCGAUCGUCUUAUCUCCAAAUUGAAAGAGUCACUGUCUGCGAUACAUGCCCUGAAUUUCGUCCAUAAAGAUCCAGCACCACGGAAUUGGUCGUACAACCCGGAAAUAAAGACGGUGGUUAUUUUUGACUUUUAA